AUCCCAAAUUACACAGUUCUCCAAGUACAUCUAACAUGGAGUCCUCCAGCCAGCUUGCUUCUAUAGAGAUUAUCUCAGACCAUGAAGAUUCAUGUGACCAGAUGCCCAAGAAGAAAACUUUUAAAAAGAAACCUACCAAGUCUGAGUGCAAAAUGAGAGCCCAUCAUACCAAAUUAUACAGUUCUCCGAGCACAUCUAACAUGGAGUCCUCCAGCCAGCUUGUUUCUAUAGAGAUUAUCUCAGACCAUGAAGAUUCAUGUGACCAGAUGCCCGAGAAGAAAACUUUUAAAAAGAAACCUACCAAGUCUGAGUGCAAAAUGAGAGCUACCACAAUUCUUGAGCCAAAUUUGAAGCAAGCUUUAUCAAAUAUUGGCCAGGACAAUGAAUACUGGCCAGGUUUAUCCCUGGGACUCCCAAAGAAUGGCAGUGAAAUACAAACUACAAUAAGAACAAGAAAGAACCAGAAAAGAAAGCACCCUUGCCAAACACAGUCCUGGGAAACUGAAGACUUCCUCCAAAAAUACAUACAGCUGCUACUUUUACAAAAAUCUUGCCCCAGAGGCCAGAGGUCCAUGGUAAGAGAGAGGGAUCAGGAUGUUAAAGACAGAGGGCAUCUGAUCGAGAUCCAAGACUUAUUUCACCCAAGCCCAGAUAACCCCAAGAAGCCUCAAUUAGUCGUAUUAGAGGGGGCUGCUGGGAUUGGGAAGUCAACGCUGGCCAGGCAGGUGAGGAGAGCAUGGGGGGAAGGCCAGCUCUACAGGGAUCGCUUCCAGCAUGUCUUCUACUUCAGCUGCAGAGAGCUGGCCCAGUGCAAGAAACUGAGUCUGGCUAAGCUCAUAGCAAAAGACCAGACUGUGCCUGCAGCUCCCAUCAGGCAGAUCCUGUCUCAGCCUGAGAAGGUGCUCUUCAUCCUGGAUGGCAUAGAUGAGCCAGCAUGGGUCUUAGAGGAGCAGAAUCCUGAGCUCUGUCUACACUGGAACCACCCACAGCCUGUGUGCACACUGCUAGGCAGCUUACUAGGGAAAUCUAUCCUGCCUGGGGCUUCCUUGCUGCUCACAGCUCGGACCACAGCUCUACAGAAGUUCAUUCCUUCCUUGGGGAAGCCACGUUGGGUGGAAGUCCUGGGCUUCUCUGAGUCUGGACGGAAGGAAUAUUUCUAUACAUACUUUGCAGAGGAAACAAAAGCAAUUACAGCUUUUAGCUUGGUUGACUCAAACCCAGUGCUCUCAACACUGUGUCUGGUGCCCUGGGUGUCCUGGCUGGUCUGCACUUGCCUGAAGCAGCAGAUGGAGCAGGAGGGAGACCUCUCACUGACCUCACAGACUACCACAGCUCUCUGCCUGAAAUAUCUUUCCCAGACUCUCCCAGACAGUGCCCUGGGAACCCAGCUCAGAGGACUCUGCUCACUGGCUGCUGUGGGGAUCUGGAGAAGAAGCACUCUGUUCAGUGAGAGAGAUCUCACAAAGCAAAGGUUAUCUGAGGAUGUCAUUGCCACUUUCAUGAAUGUGGGUGUCCUUCAGAAGAAGCCUAAUUCUACCAGGUACAGCUUUGCCCACCUGUGUCUCCAGGAAUUCUUUGCAGCAAUGUCCUAUAUCUUGAGUUAUGAAGAGGAAAAGGACAAUCGUAAAAACUUUAAAACUGUAAAAAAGCUGUUAGAAGUGUAUAGGAAACUUGACCUGUUUGAGGUACCCACCAUGCGCUUCCUAUUUGGCCUUUUGAGUGACCAGGCAAUGGAAGAGAUGGCUGCCUUGAAGAUCUUUACCUGCUGGCUGCCUCUGGAGAGGAGGUGGGAGCUGCUGAAGAGGGUCCUGGAGAAGGCCAAUCACCAACACUCAUAUUCUCUUGGAUUGCUCCACUGUCUGUAUGAGAUUCAGGACAAGGAGCUCCUGACAUGGGCCAUGCACAAUUUUCAAGGAACAAGGGUUCAUGUCCAGACAGAUACAGCGCAUCCAGUAUUCCAGACAAAUGUGAAUCACCUGGUGAUCCAGACAGAUGUGGAACUCAUGGUGGCCACUUUCUGCUUUAAGUUCUGCUGCCAUGUGAAGACACUUCAGCUGAAUACGAAUAGACAACAACAACAAGCACUGAGGGCCCCCAGGCUGAUUCUGUCCAGGUGGACCCCAAUCACUAAUGCCAGUUGGCAGGUAUUCUUCUCCACUCUUGAGUUCACAGAAAGCCUGGAGGAGCUGGACCUAAGUGGAAAUCCACUGAGUAACUCCGAAGUACAGAGUCUUUGUAGGACCCUGAGACACCGUGGCUGCCAACUAAAGACACUGUGGCUGGUCAGCUGUGGCAUCACAUACAGCUGCUGCCGGGACCUGGCCUCUGUGGUCUACACCAGCGGCAGCUUGACUGAGCUAGACCUGCAGCUGAAUGACCUGGGCGACCGUGGUGUGAGGCUGCUGUGUAAGGGGCUCAGGAAUCCUGCCUGCAAGCUCAGAAUCCUGCGGCUAGACCAGGCCUCUCUGAGUGAGCAGGUGAUGAUGGAGCUGAGGGCUCUGAAGGAAAAGAAUCCCGAGCUUCUCAUCCAGAGCACAUGGAAACCACGUGAGACUGUCUCUACUCUGGGUCUGGAUAAAGGAGAAAUGAGUGCUGGCCCAUCCUCAUGCAAGCGGCAGAGACUACAGUCAGGUUCUUCCCCUCUGGGAGACAAGCUCACAGAGUCUCUUGGGUCUGAAGAUGGCUUCUGGGGCAGCACAGGACCCGUGGACACUGAGGUGGUUGACAGGGAAAGAAACCUGUACCGAGUUCAGUUCCCCAUGGCUGGCUCCUAUCACUGGCCCAGCACUGGUCUUCGCUUUGUGGUGACAAGGGCCGUGACUGUAGAGAUUGGAUUCUGUGCCUGGAGCCAAUUCCUGGGCAAGACUCCCUUGCAGCACAGUCACAUGGUGGCUGGGCCUCUGUUUGACAUCAAGACUGAGCAGGGAGCUGUGGCUGCUGUGCACCUCCCUCAUUUUGUGGAUCUCCAAGGAAUUCAGAAGGACACCUCAAAGUUCCAAGUGGCCCACUUUAUGAAGGACGGGGUAGUCUUGGAGAAGCCAGCCAAAGUGGAGCCACAUUGCACAGUUCUGAAAGACCCCAGCUUCUCUCCUUUAGGAGUCAUGCUAAAAAAAAUCCCUGUCACCUGGCGAUUAAUAUCCAUCACCUCCAUCACAUUGCUCUACCAUCAACCUCAUGCUGAGGAACUGAAACUCCACCUUUACCUGAUCCCCAAUGACUGCACUAUUCGGAAGGCCAUAGAUGAUGAAGAAAUGAAGUUCCUGUUUGUGCGAAUACACAAGCCUCCCCCCAUGGGCUCCCUUUAUGUGGGCUCUCGAUAUACCGUGUCUUGUUCAGGGACUAUGGAAAUUAUACCCAAGGAGCUUGAGCUGUGCUACCGGAGCUCCGCAGAAGCCCAGCUCUUCUCAGAAAUCUAUGUUGGCCACUUACAAUCAGGGAUCCGGUUGGAAAUAAAAGACAAGAAUGCUGGCACUGUAGUUUGGGAAACCUUGUUGAAACCAGGAGACCUUAGACCUGCAUCCACUCCAGUCACUCCAGCCCCUACAGUUGCCAGGCCCUCCCUGCACUUUGUGGACCGGCAUAGGGAGCAGCUGGUGGCCCGAGUGACAUCAGUGGACCCUGUCUUGGACAAACUGCAUGGUCAGGUGCUGAGUGAAGAGCAGUAUGAGAUGGUUCGUGCUGAGGCCAACAAUCAAAACAAGAUGCGGAGGCUGUUCAGCUACAGUCGGUCCUGGGACAAAGCCAGAAAAAGUCAACUCUACCAAGCCCUGAAGGAGACCCACUCUUACCUGAUCCUAGAACUCUGGGAGAGGUGGGGCAGGGACCUUGGGGGAUGGGUAUCCUGAGAUCUCGACAGCUGAAACCUGAGCCUUGAACCAUGCCUCUGCCUGAUCUUUCUUUUGGCCUCAUUUCCACCAUCUAUGAUCCCCCUUGGCUUGGUCUUGGUUCUGUGAAGCUUGUCUGCUGCAGGUGGCAUUCAUUCUCAGAGAUGUCCCUCUAGACAGCUUGACUGUGAAAGCCAAGGGGCAAGUGGGUAACUGUGAGGCAUCCUUGGCAGUGACCUUUGUUGUUGCUGUUGUUUUUGUUUUUUGAGAUAGUUUCUCAGGGUAGCUUUGCGCCUUCCCAGGAACUUGCUCUAUAGCCCAGGCUGGCCUCGAACUCACAGAAAUCCACCUGCCUCUGCCUCCCGAGUGCUGGGAUUAAAGGCGUGGGCCACCACCGCCCAGCGGCAGUGGACAUAUUUUAUCAGCCCACUCAGAAUGGCAUACAAUUUAGAACUUACAAAUUGUUUGUUUCUGGAAUUGUCCAUGUAACCUUUUCAAGCCACAAUUGAAUUAAAAUUAAAAGCUCUGCCUUUUAAAAAAAGGACUAAAGUACACAGUAGGCACUGUACAAUAUCUUGAUUUCACUGCUUAGUGGGUGGGUGAAGAAGGUCAGCAUAUCUCUCAGCAUCCCACAAUUGUACAGUUAGAAAAUGUAGCAUUGUUUGUAUACAAAUGUUGGUUAGAUGGGGUCCCCCAUUGGGAACUUUCCAGUGUCCAGCAGGCUCAGGUGUAGAGGACAAAGGAGCCACAGGCAGCAGGCUGCUAACAGUAGUUAAAACAGUAGCAGCAGCCCUAAACAGAAACAAAGAGCCCCACCACCACACCACACACACACACCCAAGAAACAACUACUAGAGCAGAGCUGCUGAACCGUAACACUCAGUGUAACUGUAACACUUCUCAGAACUAGAAGAGCAUUCUACUGCCACCGAGGGCUCAAAGCGGUUUCAUUUGAAUCCCAUUUAAACCCCUGGAUGAACUAAGCAGUCUGGUCACAGCAAGCGUCUGAAAACAUCACAGCAGAAACUUUUACAGUGUUUCCUACCUCUAUGGAAACAGAGACGAGUGGAGCUUAGGGGUCUUUCCCCUAUUAGGUUUGAUAGCUCUUCUCUGAUUGGUCCUAUUUCUUCACCUUAUUUGCAUACCCACAUUUAGCCAGCAACGUUUAGCUGGCAUCCUGGCAACCAAAUCCACACAUUUCAAUACUAUAAAGCCAGAACUACUGCAGGAGCUCAUGGAAAAAGAGGAAAAGGAAGACUUCUGAGCCUAGUACUCCUGUUCUCUUCAGAGGAAAAAGCCUUGAAGACUUUAAGAGCCAGACUCCCAAACGCCUCACUCUUCGAAGAGGAGGCUGCCUGCCCCUAAGGAUUUUCUGUCCUGGGCAAGGCGCUUGCUCAAAGCCAGCUUCCAGGACUCGAGUUUUUUCUGCCUCAGCCUCCAGGGCUCAGCACUGGCUGGGCGGCAAAGGGGAAUUCAUUUCCUGCUCGAAGAACUGCUGCUUCAGGAGACCUAUAACUCCAACCUUCCAGACUCUCCGGAGACCGGAGAACAGGAGACCGGCAGGCCUGCUCCUCUGUGUUGCUCCGCAAGGGACUGACUACUCUUGGCUGGUAUCCCAGAGCUCCGCAAGAACUGCUGAGCCGUCACACUCCCGUUAACUGGAACACUUCUCGAGACUAUAACAGCAUCCCACUGCUAGGGAGAGUUCAAACCUGUUUUCUUGUAAUCCCAUGUGGCAGUCUGCUUUAAAUUGUUUUAUUCCACUUAAACCUUGCCAAUUCCAACUUGAAAAAUGAAAUACUUGCCAUUUGUACUCAA